CGCUUGGUCUGAUAUUUCGCAAAGGUCAUAUGAUUUCGCUUGACACCGGAAGAUGAUAUGGUCAUAGCAUAGUUAGUCACACCACGGUGGUCACACACUGUGCUAAUCUCGUGAUUGCUAUUGUUGAGCAACAUUCGCUGAACUACUGCUAUCGAAGCAAAUCAUGGCAGUUAUCAUGAGAAAUUUCGUGGUUUUAUGUGCUUUCAUACUUGGUUGUAAAGCUGCCGAAGUACCGCAACAGUGCAAUCCUUCGGGCCCUUCCUCGCCGCACGGAAAUGCCGUGAACUCGGGCAGACAGAAUGUGCAUUUAGGCCCUGAUGGUUAUGUAAGUGGUUCUAUCUGGCCCAAACCACAACAACAUACUGUUGGCGAAGAAACAUUCUCGUUAAGUCCAGACACAUUUAAAUUCACAUCAACAGGCGAGGCAAGUGAUGUUUUAACGGCUGCAAUGGCAAGGUAUCGUGGUCUUACAUUUCCUGACAUGAUUCACUCGAAUGUGCUCAGAUUUCGCCGUGAUCUAUCUGCGCUAACGUCCUUGGAAAUUACAGUGAAGGAAAAGUAUGCACCUAUGACAUUUGAAAGUGAUGAAUCAUACGCACUAGCAGUGAGUGCUCCAGCAUCAAGUUUAACUGCGAACACAGUUUGGGGAGCUUUGCGAGGACUUGAAACAUUUAGUCAACUUGUAUACCAAGAUGAACAUGACAAUUACCUGGCUCGAGAAGGCAAAAUUACUGACUUCCCUCGUUUUCAUUACCGCGGUUUUCUUAUCGAUACAUCCAGACAUUUUAUAGAUGUCAGUGUGAUAUUACGUCAUAUUGAUGCAUUGGCAUAUGCUAAGUAUAAUAUUUUGCACUGGCAUAUUGUUGAUGAUCAAUCAUUUCCAUUUGUCAGUAAAACAUUUCCCUCACUUAGUAAUGUCGGUGCUUAUAACAACGUCACGCAUAUUUAUGACAUAGAUGAUGUGGCUACAGUUAUUGAGUAUGGUCGAAUGCGUGGUAUUCGUGUAGUACCUGAGUUUGACACACCGGGACACACGCAGUCAUGGGUCAGCAUCAAAGAUCUUCUUACACCAUGUUAUUCUGGUGGAAAACCAACUGGAACUUAUGGUCCUAUCAACCCCACAUUAAAUUCCACUUACACCUUCCUUAAAUCAUUCUUCGGAGAAAUAGGCACGCGUUUCCUCGAUGACUACAUUCACUUGGGCGGAGAUGAAGUGUCGUUCAGUUGCUGGGAGAGCAAUCCUAAUGUACUGGCUUGGAUGGACAAAAUGGGAUUUGGCAAGAAUUUCUCACUUCUUGAACAAUAUUAUGAACAAAAGUUAAUUGAUAUUGUAGGUGGUUUGAAGAAGAAAUAUAUCAUUUGGCAAGAAGUGAUUGAUAAUCAAGUGACUGUCAAUCCUGAUACUGUGGUUAAUGUUUGGAAAGGUGGUUGGCAAAAUGAAAUGGCUAAAGUUACAGCAAAGAACUUGAACGUUGUACUUUCUUCACCAUGGUACUUGAAUUACAUUUCAUAUGGUAAUGAUUGGCCAAAAUAUUAUAGUGUUGAACCGACUGCAUUUAAUGGAACAAGUGCACAGAAGAAGCUUGUACUUGGUGGAACAACGUGUAUGUGGGGUGAGUGGGUGGAUGGGACAAACCUUCUCCCAAGAAGCUGGCCAAGAUCCUUAGCUAUCUCUGAAAGAUUGUGGAGUUCCAUCAACACGACUGACGUAGCAGAUGCGCAAGGUCGUCUCAGAGAGCAUCGAUGUCGUUACUUGAUGCGUGGUAUUCCAGCACAAAAUGGUGUUCAGUCAAAGUAUUGUCGAUAUGAGUGGACAUUGUGAACUGAUCUUUGACUUAUAACCCUUACUUUUAAUUGAGAAGAAUAACAUUGAUUGUAACAAAUAUGAUAAAUAAAUUCUUUGGGAUUCUUUGGUGGAGUUAUAGAAUAGAAUAUGUUAAUGAAAGAAAAAAUAAAUAUUUAGUAUAUUUUGACAUUCUAAAGUGAUAUUUCUGAAUUUCGUAUUCUGUUUUGAAAAGGCUGAAAUUUAACGUAAAUGAAGGGUUCGAAUAUAUUGUAAAAAUAUCUCAAAUCAUUCCAUUUACUUUUUAAUUUAUGUAAUAUUUCAAAUCCGACUAUGAGGGCUGGACUAGAUUUCACGUCUUUGCAAUUUCAUCAACUGUCCUACGCGAAGCCGAGGACUGGAUCAUAAUGUGAGGACUUGAAAUCUAGUCAGUCCGAAUUGGAGGAUUUGAAAUGACAUCUGCAGACGAAUAAUAAAUUACUACUUAAAGUGAGGUGAAUUAAUUUUGAUCCAGUACAAAGACGGAAUUAAUUUUGAUCCAGUCCUAGGACUGGAUCAACAUACUUCACCAUGCAGGUAUCCAGUAUUAUUAUCAUGUGAGCAAAAUAAAGCAAUAUGGUUGGCUAAUUUACUCAUAAAUUAUUAAUGAGUUCUUUAUACAGGGUGUCUAAAAAAAACGCUAUGGAAAUUCAACAGGCUGUCGUGCA